UUCAUUUAUUUAGACGUCAACAUGGCAGACACAGCGACAGAGAUGCCGGUAGUAAAUGAAACUGUUAAUGCAACAGCAGAGAAUGUUACGGCUAAAAUUCCAGCAACUCCUGAGGGAAUGUUUGUGGCAUAUAGCAGUCUCGUAAUCAUGGCAUUGGUACCAAUAUUUCUUGGUUCAUUCCGCUCUGUGCGGUACCAUAAGGAACAAAAGGACUCUGGAGAGAAGCCGGAGACCAUGUCGAGCAAGGAUGCAGCUAUGUUUCCAAUCAUAGCAAGCUGUACAUUGUUUGGAAUUUAUCUUGUCUUUCAGAUAUUCUCCAAAGAAUACAUCAACAUGUUAUUGGCUGUGUACUUCUUCUUCCUUGGUGUGCUAGCAUUAGCACAUAUUGCCAGCCCCAUCUUACAUCCCCUGAUCCCUCCACUGUUCCCUAACCAGGAAUACCACAUGAUCUUCACACAAGGUCCUGCAGAGAAGAAAGAAGAAAUAGUAAAUUGGAAGUUUGAUAGAAAAGAUCUGCUAGUGAUACUCUUGUCUGGGGCUGUAGGACUCUGGUAUCUCAUUAAAAAGCACUGGGUCGCCAACAACCUGUUUGGUCUGGCAUUUGCAGUAAAUGGUGUGGAGUUCCUGUCUCUGAACAGUAUUAGCACAGGCUGUAUCCUCCUUGGUGGCCUCUUCGUCUACGAUGUCUUCUGGGUGUUUGGAACAAAUGUCAUGGUCACUGUAGCAAAGUCAUUCGAAGCUCCAAUUAAAUUGGUGUUCCCCCAGGAUCUGUUAGAGAAUGGUCUUGGAGCAAGCAACUUUGCCAUGCUUGGUCUUGGUGAUAUAGUUAUACCUGGAAUUUUCAUAGCUCUUCUUCUUAGAUUUGAUAUCAGCCAAAAGAAAGAAAGCCGUGUAUAUUUCUAUGCCAGUUUCCUUGCAUAUUUCUUGGGGCUGCUUCUGACAAUUGUAGUCAUGCAUUUCUUCAAACAUGCACAGCCUGCCCUGUUAUACCUGGUGCCAGCAUGUAUAGGUGUACCAGUAUUUGUAGCGCUUAUCAGAGGUGAAAUCAAACAGCUCUUCAGUUAUGAGGACCAUCCAGAACCAGAAGUGAAGGAGGGAGAGAAGAAAGACAGUGCAGCAGAGACGAAAACAAAGAAGGAUAAAUGAGCAGGAAAUUAAAACACUUGGUGCUGGUCAUAAUCUUAUUGUUGAGAAAUUUGUUAAAAUGUAUACCAGAGACAUGCCUGCUCUGUGUUACAUCUGGGGUUCCGAACUGAACUGAAAGAUGAUGGUUGCAUUUGAACUCCAAUAAUAAAAAAAGAUUUAUAUGUUCUUAAUUGUGAACUACAUGUUUGUUGUUAAUUGUUGUUGCAUAUUUUUCUGCAUACAUUAACAUACAGACAUUUUAAAAAAUAUUUCUCCUACUCUUUUCAUAAAGUGCCAUUUUGAAGUCAGUGUUGAUAUUUUGAUUUUUUUUUUUAAGUUGAUACUAGAAAUAUCAGGAUGGAAAUCCUCAUAAAAAUAAGAAGAUCAGUUGAAUGUGAAUUUUUUUAAUAUCAUUUUAGGCUUAAAUGAAAAGUUUUCUUGUCUGUUCUUACAUCAUUUUUGGAUUUUAAAAAUGUUUCAAUUUUCAUUUUAAAAUAUUGACAUUGCUUUGACUUUUUAAUUACAGAAGUAUAAUUGCAUGCCUGUUUGUAUGUAAAUGAAAAUAAAUCAUGAAUAAUAGACUACAUUAUGAAUUGGUUGUUGAAAUUCAAUUCUGUGCCUUUUUCCAGACCUGUUAAUCUACGAAAUUUAAAUUAACAGUUUAAUAACUGAGUAAAAAUCAAUAUUUCCGUAAUUUAUUUUCAGAUAUAAAGUUUUUAUAUAUUGAAUUGAUAAUACAUGUAUAUAUUUGAAAAUCUUAUUUAAGAAAUACAACUGUCUGCUAUAACUUGUACAGUAUCUUUGUGUUGAGUGGGACCUAAUGUGGAUCAGAUUUUAGAAGUUUUAAAAAUGCUUUUUUUGUGCCACUGUAAGGUGUUUUAGUUCAAAUUUACUGUCUUAAUAUUGAUGGUGGUAUUUUUUACAAAGCUUAUCAUGUUGUUUGAAAAAGAAUCUCCACAGCUUCUCACAGAGUCAUUCUGAGUCACGCUUUCAGUUGUGUUUGGCUUCCAUCACAUUGUGACAGCUGUAAUGAUAACUUAUGUUUUCUUGCAUUUUAAAAGUAUACAUGAAAUCAUUGAAAGUUUGUAUGCUAUGUGUAUCAUUUUUUUCUCCUAUGUUCUCUUUCAAUAGAUUUUAUCAUUUCAUUUUUCACUUUAUUUUUCAAAGCAGAUAUCAUCAUAAUAGGCAAAUUAUGUUUUAAGAUUGUAGUUUUAUGAACAUUUUAGUAAAUGUUUGUUUUGAGGGAAGUGUGUGUGUAGGUGUAUAAAACUUAUCCAUUCAGUAAUUUUAAUAAUGUUAUCUUUGUCUAGUCUUAAUCUACUUUUUAGUUGACAUAGUAUUAUUUAUUAAAAGUGUUACUUAGUAUCAUUGUCAAACCAGGGGACAAGUUUCAAAAUUCCAGUAUCUGAUUGCUUGUUUCUAUGAAGACUUAAGAACUCCCAUGAAAUUGUUGAAUGGCAAGAAGGGGCCACAAUGGUCAAGUGGCUGCAGCAUAUCACAUGCCCUUCUCCGCUGUGUGUUGAAACCUCGUUUAGCUCUUUCAAGUGAGGCCACCUGGCUGGGUUAUGAAAGGUGAUGUUUCUACACAUUUAGUGUCAUAACGCAUCUCACCACAUCAGAGAAAGCUUUGCUGUUCUACACAAUAACACAUCUCGUCUCUAGAGAAAGCAAAAAUUAUUUUACACAUUCUGCAUAUAAGGGUUGAGGAAAGAAUGUUUUGAAAGUGUAUACAUUAGUAGAUAGAGGAAGUUGUUUAUUUGAUACAUGUAGUGUCUCAACAGGUUCAAAAUACAAGAAUGUUCUCCUGUCAUUUGGUUGUAUGUAGUAAAGAUGCCAUUUUAUUCAGCGUGAGAAAACAUGAUGUAUUGUAUGAACAUAAAACAUUCUUUUGUAUGUAGCUGCUUCUGUCCUUUUAAUAGAAGAUUGUCAAAAAUAGUUGUGUACGGGUAAGCACAUAAAACCAUCUACUGUAAUCUAGAUUACAAUUUAAUGCAGAUAUAUGUAUUUUCUGAUUUUCUCGCACAUUUCUGUUAGUCCUAUUCAAUAAUCUGAUACACAAAAAAUAUUGUUGUUCAUCUGUUUGUAAAAACUACCCUUACUUGUGCAAUGAGAUUUCAUUAAGUAUGCUGUUAUAAAGAGAUAUUAAUUUACAGUUGAAUAAAGAAGCAUGACAUCA